CCUGGAGUCGGAUCGGUCCGCAGCCCUCCGUUCCUACUCUUCCAGCCGGAGGAAGAACCGCGAAGCUUGGGCUGAAGUUUGUUUGCCUCUUGGUGGAGCCGCCCCGCCCCGGGCCGCGCUCACCGCCUCUCAGAUUAUCUGAGGAGUGAGCUUCGUGUACCCACAGGAGGAGGAGGACGACAACCCAAAACUGAGGAUGAAGAGCAUCAGGUGUGAUCAUUUCUAUGAAUGAAGGCUGUUCUGGAAACCAUCGCAGCUCAGGACUGAAGAACCGACCAGAAGCAGCAGCAGGAAGGAUGGCGAGCACCACCCCAGCUAGGAAGCCAUACCGGAAGGCUCCGCCGCAGCACCGUGAGACGCGCCACAGCCUGACCACCGCCUCGCCGCCGCCUGCCAUGCAGCCCGAAUUCAGUCAGGAGGCGUUAUCGGACUCUGACAGGAUCAGAAUCCUCCAGCAGCAGAAUGAGGACCUGCGGCACCGCCUCUCACUCUCCACCCACAAGAUGGAGGCCAUGGAGGCUGAGUUUGAGGGCAGCCGUCACUACAUGGAGGCGGAGCUCAGCCGGACCAGAGACGACCUGGACAAGAUGAGGGACAAGUUCCGCAGACUCCAGAACAGCUACACAGCAUCUCAGAGAGCCAAUCAGGACCUGGAGGAGAAGCUCCACGCUCUGCUACGGAAGGUGGAGAGGGACAAAAAGACGAUGGACCAGGAGAUUGUGGAACUCACCAACAAACUUCUGGAUGCUAAAAACACCAUAGAUCGACUGGAGGAGCUCAAUGAGCGCUACAGGCAGGACUGCAACUUGGCCGUUCAGCUGCUCAAAUGCAACAAAUCGCAUUUCAGGAACCACAAGUUUGCUGACCUUCCCUCAGAGCUGCAGGACAUGCUGAACAAACACAUGAAGAGCAGCCUCCCAGAGCAAGGUCCCGCCCCCGGCUGUCAGGACCCGGACACGCUCAGUUUGACACACGCAGACGUGGUACCGACCUCGGUCAUCGCCCGCGUCCUAGAGAAACCUGAGCCACUGGUUCUAAACUCAGCCCAGUCCAGCAGCUGUGGGCGACCUGUCGCUGAGGACGUCUUUGUUCACGUGGACAUGACAGACUUGGCGGGUGCAGAGGCCAGAGAGAACAGCAGCGGUCAGGAGGCGGUGGAGCAUAACGGCUCCUGUCGCAGUCAGAGCAGUCUAGACGAGGAGAUGGGCGGAGCGCCAUCCUUUGAGAAGCUCAACCCGUACCCGCCUCCGCCGCCACCUCACCCGCUCUUCCCAGGACGUAAGGUCAUUGAGUUUUCGUCUGACGACAAAGUCAAGAUCCCCAAGAACUCGCCGCUGCCCAACUGCACCUACGCCACAAGGCAGGCCAUCUCUCUGAGUCUUGUUCAGAACGAUGAUGAGCGGCUCACCCCAGGAAGCCCCGCCCCUUCCUCUUCCUCAGGGGGUGGGGGCGGAGCCAACCAGCACACGCCACCAUCACAGCGGGAUGCCACCAGUGAGCCGCUCUCCACCCAGUCAAGCCCUUUCAGCAGCCCCCCACAGGCGCAGAGUGUCCCAGCGAGCUCCGGCAGUUCCGAGGAGGACCUCCUCGCCAACUGGCAGCGGAUGUUUGUGGAGAAGAUGGCGCCCUCUUGCGAGAGUUCUGUGAUGCACCGCACAUCUUUUAGCAGCCAGACUGCGCAGGAGCUGCAGACAAGGAGACAGGCAGCAGGUGGCGGGGCCUCGGCAUCCUUGGACCGCCACAGAACGGCAUACUCUGACGGAGAGGAAGGCUCGUCAGCACGGAGCUGGACACCGAGCCGUGGGUCCAGUUUGGAUACAGACACUGAUACGGAGGUACAGCACAGCAGGGGAGGCCGUUAUGGUGCCGGGAAUGGCCCCGAGGAGGGGGAGCAGCUACUGAUGAACCUGGAAGAUGAAACUGGCAGUGCCGACACUGCCAUUACCGUGGCAACUGGCCCCGCAGACGCCCACACGAAGGAAGAAGAGGAAGACAGCUCAGCGGAAGAGAGAGAUGUACUUCCACAUGAGCUCCCUGUCAUCUCACCCCGCCUUUUGGAGUUUGACCCCGUCCCAGGCCCCCAGCGGCCAAUCAAGAGCCCCAAGAGGAUGGGCGUGCACCACCUGCACCGCAAGGACAGUCUGACCCGAGCCCAGGAGCAGGGCACACUGCUGGACUGAUUGUCUCCAUGGAACCCAGCCCCACCCACCCAGGAAAUAGCCAUACUUUACUGUAUGAUGCCGAGCAGGUUGCCUGACCCAAGUGUGUGUGUUGUGGUGAGCGGCUCUGACUUUGAUCAUCUUAUAAUUGAUCUGAAAACAACCCCGGAUGUCCCUUCCUCCUGUUUACACAAACAAAUAACAGGAUCCAGAAAAACUAAUUAUCAAAUCCUUCAGUUUGAUUAAAGCUGUGGAGAGGGUGGUCGGGUGCUGCGCUGCCGAGGGGGUCAUGUGACCGGGUGCUGCGCUGCCGAGGGGGUCAUGUGACCGGGUGCUGCGCUGCCGAGGGGGUCAUGUGACCGGGUGCUGCGCUGCCGAGGGGGUCAUGUGACCGGGUGCUGCGCUGCCGAGGGGGUCAUGUGACCGGGUGCUGCGCUGCCGAGGGGGUCAUGUGACCGGGUGCUGCUGCCUGCAAGGUUUCAGGUGUUCCAGCUUUUCAUGAGUAUGGUCAGGUUUAUUGAUCAGAGAUAAUUUCUUAAUUCCUGUUUCAUGGUUCAGUGUCGCUAUUAGGAAUUUGUCAUCAGUGUUAGGUCAACAUUUGUCCUGGUUUCUACUUCAAAAUCUCUAAAUGUACCGAUAUGUUAUUUCGAGAAAACAAGCUUGAAUGUCCUAUAAUAAGGCCUGAAGAUAAUGCCAUUAAUAUCACAAGCUCAUAUAAUGAAACUGUUAAUGAAGCAAAACUGCUUUGGGAUUAUGAGGUAAAGACAUAACCUCGAUACUUUAUCUUGGAUAAUAAAACUGUUAUGAUGAAAGGAGCUUGAAAUCUUGCUGCCUCUAGAUAAUGAAUUGAUUCUAGAUUUAUGAAGAGAAAAUUAGUUUUCUAUUUUCAGAUAAUGUCACCAUUGUUGAGCUUGUUUUCUGGAGAUGAACUUUUCUGGAUGUUUACUCUCAGUUUCAGGAUGGUCACUUUCUGGUCCAUUGGCUGCAGCGGGCUUUUAGGGGAAGUUUAAGGCCUUUUGAGCUGCAAAGACAUUCAUGGUGGAAGGUCUCAGGUCUAAAACCACAUAGACCUUUAUUUGGGGGUAAAGCUGCUUGGAGCAAACUAACUGCAUUUAAACCAAACUUUAAAGUUUGUGCUGAAGCUGACAUUGAGUCUACAGGGGGAGCCCUGAAUGACUGUUGGUCAUGUGACCACAUCAAGGUCAUCCUCGUGUUGUCAGCAGCUGAUUGGAUGUAAGGUAUAUUUGUGCUGUAUCUGGAGGGUUAGGGUCACAUGGUGACAGGGAUGGUGGCACCUUAACCUGAAUUCCAGCCUGAAGUGGUUCUGAUUAUCAGAACGAGAUCUGGAUCAAUGUCGGAAACCCGGAGUUUAUCUCAAUAUAAAUGUCUUGUUUUCCUGAUCUUUUUUUGAGCUUUUAUCAAGAAUAGAAUAAAUUGGACGCACUCACCUGUUCACACACACUUGGACUCUGUGCCUCCCCCACUUCCCAUCCCAGAGGUUGUGAGUUUGACGCCGCUCAUGUGCAGACUUUUACUUUAAUGUCUCUCAUUGGUUUCCUGUCAUGAUUUCAGUCAAUGGAUUGGUUGAUAUUUGACUCCACCCCCUCCACACAGUGAUUGUCCCACAGGGGGCGGGGCUGUAGGUGGAGCUUCUCCACACCUGGAAUGUAACCAUCAUUUCUGUUGUUUUUGUCUUUGUGUGAAAUCUUUGAUUGAUCUUUGAAUCACAGAUUUUUAUUUGAUUUGGAUUUAUUGAUGUUUUUCUUUAUUGUACGGAAGCCUGUUGGUGCCAAAAACACAGCUUUCUAGUUGGUCUUCUGAUCUGAACCAGAUGAAUUACAAUGAAGGCUGACACUAUUGAUUUAGAGCUGGAAGGAUAGAGUGCCUCCUGGUGGUGUGAAAGAGGAAUACAGCUCUGUUUUUGGCACCUUGCUGCUUCCGUAUGAUGACGGCGCUCAGAUUGUUCUCCUUCUCUGGCGCCAGAUGAAAUGUGGACUGCCUCCUCACAGACCUGAUUGUGACUCACCGAGGACCCUGAUUGAUCCGACACUUUGUGCUUUUCCAGGAAUCCUCGGAGUAUUGAUCCGCUCUGAGGUCCAUCAGCUGAUUGAUUACUGGUCACUGAAUGUUCAGAGUAAAGCUUCAUUGUGAAGCUAUGAUGAAUGAUCUCCAUUCAUUUGGUUUCAGGACUAAUGGAUCACUGUUUCCCUCUUACAUCAUAAACUCAUAUUUCAAUUUCUGUCCAGAAGAUACAAAAAUUAUUUUCACAAAAGUUGAAUAUUUAGUUUUAUUUGUGCCAAUGAAUUCACUGAUUGAA